GCAGGCGCGGACCGCCCAAGGUCACGGCGCUCAGACUGCUCCUCUGCCCCGGGGGCCGCCGUGGCCUUUGCCCUACUUCCGAGUGCCUCCCACUUCUUGGGCCCCGCCUCCACUCUCGCGAUGGCCAUUGGGCUGCGUAGGAGGCCGAAUUCUGGUUCACAGCCUUCGCUGGCGGGUUGGGGGCCCCGCCCUGGCGCCGAGUAUCGCGAGAACUGGGCCGGCCCACGAGCCGGAGAGGGGCUGAGAUCCGAGGGGCCGGAGCUGAGGAGGCCGGGCCGGGGCAGGGCAGGAGCCGAAGCCGGUGUUAGAGGAGCGGCGGCAGCGGCAGCAGCAACGGCCAUGUUCCGGGCGGCGGCGGCGGCUCCCGCUCGCCUGAGGCGGGCCACGGCCUCAUUGCUGCGAUUUCAGAGUACCCUAGUAAUAGCUGAGCAUGCAAAUGAUAUGCUUGCACCUAUUACAUUAAAUGCUAUUACUGCAGCCUCACAGCUUGGUGGGGAAGUGUCCUGUUUAGUAGCUGGAACCAAAUGUGACAAGAUAGCCCAAGAUCUGUGCAAAGUGGCUGGUGUAGCCAAGGUCCUAGUGGCUCAGAAUGAUGUGUUUAAAGGACUUCUUCCAGAGGAACUGACAUCACUGAUUUUGGCAACUCAGAAGCAGUUCAAUUACACACACAUCUGUGCUGGAGCAUCUGCCUUUGGGAAGAACCUUUUGCCCAGAGUAGCAGGCAAACUCGAUGUUGCCCCGAUUUCUGACAUCAUUCAAAUCAAGUCACCAGAUACAUUUGUGAGAACUAUUUAUGCAGGGAAUGCCAUCUGUACUGUGAAGUGUGAAGAGAAAGUCAAGGUGUUCUCUGUUCGAGGGACUGCAUUCGAGGCGGCGGCCACGAGUGGAGGGAGCGCCAACACAGAGAACGCACCCAGUACCUCACCAGUGGGGCUGUCGGAAUGGCUGGACCAGAAAUUAACAAAAAGCGAUCGGCCAGAGCUGACAAGUGCAAAAGUGGUGGUGUCUGGUGGACGUGGUCUGAAGAGUGGCGAGAACUUUAAGCUGUUGUACGACCUGGCAGAUCAGCUCCACGCUGCAGUUGGGGCUUCCCGGGCUGCUGUUGAUGCCGGCUUUGUACCCAACGACCUGCAAGUUGGACAGACGGGAAAAAUAGUAGCACCAGAGCUGUAUAUCGCUGUGGGGAUAUCUGGAGCCAUCCAGCACCUGGCAGGAAUGAAAGACAGCAAGACGAUUGUGGCUAUUAACAAGGAUCCCGAGGCCCCCAUUUUCCAGGUGGCAGACUUGGGCAUCGUGGCAGACUUAUUUAAGGUAGUUCCUGAGAUGACUGAGAUACUGAAGAAGAAAUGAUGAAGCGGCUGCAGUCACGGCUCGAGACGGGCAGUUACCCAGAAUUUCAGACUUCCUCAGCAUCAGACACUGUGGAAAGCUUGGACAACUGAUUUCAGACAAUUUAAAAAAAUUUUUUAAGGUGCCAGAAUGUCUUUUAGGGGAAGAUUCAUUUCCCUUUGUAAGUUGAUUCUUGGUUCCAAACAUCAUCAUUUUAAAAUGUUUUCUAAUUCUAUAAUAAAGCCAAUAAUAAAGUCCUGACAACCUUAA